GCCCCCCCCCCCCCCCAUCCACGCUGAGUGGUUCGGUCCGCAGCCGGCCGGGCGAGUCCAAGUCGGAGGGAGCGACCCAACCUCUCUAAGCCCGAAUGGUGCGGUCCUGAGCCGCGGGCGGAGCGGGCGGCACCAAGUGAGGGGCCCCCGGGGGAGGGAGGAGCUGCCGGCGGCCAGUGGAGCAGGGAGAAGCUCCAAGAUGGCGUCGGCCGGCCCCGAGUCUGGGGGCAGCAGCAGCAGCAGCGCCGGCAUCGCGGGAUCAGCAACCUUCAAAAAAUCAUUCACUUCAGAGAUGUCUGGUUCUUCUGGACAGCCUGGCUCACAGACAAUAAAGAAAGGUCAUAGAGGAGUAGAUUCCACUGGUGAAACUACAUAUAAAAAGACUACGUCAUCGGCCUUGAAAGGUGCCAUUCAACUGGGCAUCACCCACACAGUGGGAAGCUUGAGCACCAAACCAGAGCGAGAUGUUCUCAUGCAAGACUUCUAUGUAGUAGAAAGUAUUUUCUUCCCAAGUGAAGGGAGUAACCUGACCCCAGCUCAUCACUACAAUGACUUCCGGUUUAAAACCUAUGCUCCUGUAGCAUUUCGCUACUUCCGGGAACUGUUUGGAAUACGGCCAGAUGACUAUCUGUACUCGCUCUGCAGUGAGCCGCUCAUUGAGCUCUCCAACUCCGGGGCCAGUGGUUCCCUCUUCUACGUAUCCAGUGAUGAUGAGUUCAUCAUUAAAACAGUUCAGCACAAAGAAGCCGAGUUCUUGCAGAAGCUGCUGCCGGGUUACUAUAUGAACUUGAAUCAGAAUCCUCGGACACUGCUGCCUAAGUUCUAUGGCCUGUACUGCGUGCAGGCCGGAGGGAAGAACAUCCGCAUCGUAGUGAUGAACAACCUGCUGCCCCGCUCUGUGAAAAUGCACCUCAAGUAUGACUUGAAAGGCUCCACCUAUAAACGUCGAGCAUCCCAGAAGGAGCGGGAGAAGGUCUUCCCGACAUACAAAGACCUGGAUUUUAUGCAGGACAUCCCCGAUGGCCUGUUCCUAGACUCUGAUAUGUACAAUGCCUUAUGCAAAACACUACAGAGAGAUUGUUUGGUUCUGCAGAGUUUUAAAAUCAUGGAUUAUAGUUUGCUUGUGGCUGUCCAUAACAUUGAUCAGGCACUGAGAGAGCGUGCGAUAAUGGAUGGGACGGCCCAGUCGGACACGCGAAGGCCAGCUACCCAAAAAGCUCUCUACUCCACUGCUAUGGAGUCUAUCCGAGGAGAGGCCCGGCGAGGCGGCACCAUAGAGACUGACGACCAAAUGGGAGGCAUUCCAGCCCGGAAUUCAAAGGGGGAAAGACUGCUUUUAUAUAUUGGUAUCAUCGAUGUGCUACAGUCCUACAGAUUCGUUAAGAAGUUGGAGCACUCAUGGAAAGCAUUGGUGCAUGAUGGGGACACUGUGUCUGUGCAUAGGCCCAGCUUCUAUGCAGAAAGAUUUCAACGAUUCAUGUGCAACAUUGCAUUCAAGAAAAUACCAUUAAAACUUUCUCCUUCUAAAAAGAGCCGGUCUGGCACAACUGUUCCUCGGAGGACGGGUCAGGGCGGAGUCCCUUACCAAUCGCAUGCAUCGUGUGAAACUAAAGCACAAGUAACGGCAGAAGCAGAUGUGGAGCAAGGUUCGCAUCUUGGUCGCCCUGAUCUCCUUCCCAGAACUCCUCCAGUAGACGAAGCUAACAGUGAUUCCAUAGCAACAACCUUGUCCACUUCUUCGUUGGGCAGUGGAGGCCUUAACUCUCCAGCCAACAGGUCAGUGGGACUGGAAGUUCACAGCUCAGAAAGCUCCGCAGAGGAUGUAGCUAGUUCAGCCCUGAGUAACCACUCAAAUAGCGGCUCCGCAGGGCCUUCCGUAACAGAACGCUCCUCAGAACUGACAGAACAUUUUGAAGACGUGCAAGAGACCGAGAUAAGCUUUUGAAAUAACAGAGGGACAGUUGUGAUGUGAGCAGAAGAUUUCUCUCUACUCUGCGUGGGCCGUAGUCUGACAAACAUUCAGCCCCUGCGGCUGAUCUUAGAAAUCUUAUCCGGACAGAAUCCAUAGAAGCUGGAAGGCUUGGGACCUACUUAGUGUCAUAGUAUUAACAGUGGCUGAGCCCAGAGCAACCUCCUCUUCUGCAAAACAGCCCUCAAGCUGUGGCUGGUUGCAUCUCGUUUUUCUGCUGCUGUCCUCUCUUCGAAGACUGGCAGGAGCAAGGCUGCUCAUCUCCAAGGAGGAGCAGGAGCUGCUCCGUGCAGGCUAGAGUCCUCUGGAGAAAAGGAGCUGGCUUUGGGGGAACUGGUUACCUAGGAUUGAGGACCUCACAAACCUUGCAAGAACAAUGGUCAACUAUGAAGAGCACCAGGGGAAAUGGACAUUGGAGCCUUGUUGGAACCGUUUUUGCAACAGCUCAACAUGGUGUUUGGUUUUUAUAUUAAUUUAAGUUUCUUUAAUUCAGUCAUAUCGUUUCUUUUAGGCUGCGACAAUUAUCUAUUCUUUUUUAAAAUAGUUUUAUCAGUGUUUCACCAAAAAUGUCCUGCAGAAGGGGGAGCAACUGUUUUUUUGGUCACACAUGAAAGGUAUUGAUCAUGGAUGUCUUUUCUAUAAACUAAUUUUGAGUGCAGCAGUCUAAUGCAUUUAUGACAUUGCAUCAUCAUCAUCCUGAGAAGGUGACCUGGAACAGUCCCACCCACAAGACUUUAU